AUGUUUCGGAGGUAUUGGUGGUCUAUUCGAAAGCAGAACAUUCAGAUACCGAAAACAGUCGCUCAAAAGGAACAACAACAUAACAAUCAAACAAGCCAACAGAAAUGUAGUUGUUUACGUUGGACAAAACUAUUCAUAUCCGCCCUUACACCAUUAACAAUCGGAAUAUUCACAAUUGUAACAACUAUUCAAGAACGACAUAGACUUGUUCAAGAUAAACAACAGGCUGAGAAACAACAAACACAAAGUAAGGAUACAGUAGAAAAUCAGCGUUUACAAGAAAAACAACUAGCCAAUGAUUUGCAACAAGAGUCUGUAUUUACAACGUAUAUUGAGGAUAUAUCAAAAUUCAUCUUAAACAAUCGGAAUGAUAACACACCAUUCGAUGAUGCGCAAAGCUUACUGUAUAUUCGUACAAAAACUUUAACGGUACUUCGAAAAUUAGACCCUCAACGAAAAAAAAAUCUAAUGUUAUUUUUAAUUGAAAGUAGGUUGAUUAAUACAGAUGAUGAAUCAAAAGAUUUAGAUCUUAGUGGUGCAGAUUUUAGUAAUAUUCAUUUUAAUGGAACAAUGCAAUCAAAGUGUAAACUUGAAAGUAUAUAUUUGCCAGAUGUAUAUUUAAUUAACGCGUCGUUUCUCAAUUGUCGUAUUAUAGAAGUGAAUUUUACGGGCUCAUAUUUGAUGAAUACGAAGUUUACCCAACCAAUUAUCGAAAAUUCAAUAUUCAAAAAUUGUGUUCUAGAUGAAUCAGGUUUUACAGGAACUGAACUGUUUUCAAUCAAUUUCGCGAAUGCAUUUCUUCCUCAUUCUGAUUUUACUGCGGCUUUUAAUGUACGUCAUCCAGACUUUACAAAUGCUGAUCUUACUAAUGUAACUAUAGCAGAUGAACAUCUUAAAGAAGCUACACUCUACAACGCCAUUUUACCAAAUAAGACAUUUGGACCAAUACAAAGUGAAAGUUUGGUGGUAAAUGGUGAUGCAGAAUAUAAUGUUAGUUAA